CAUGAAGCUACCCAAAGUCCAUUGUUUUCUGAAGCAAUAAAUAACACCUGAAGAGGGUUGUGGAUCACUAAUAGCAUCGACGAAUUUUGUAUAAACGAUUGUAGGCCUCAGAAUGUUCCCGAAAAUUGUUGCUUCCUUUCUACUCCUUUUUGGAAUAGCUUCUGCUGUGCACCAGUUUUCUGACCUGCGUAAGGCAUUCGAUUCUGAUUAUACAUCUGCGUAUGUUGAAAAAGAUGUGAUUGGUAAAGAGCUCGAGUCAGUUGUGAAGGAUGUGUACAGAAACUUUUUAAAAAGUACCAGCCUUGCCCAGAAGGAAAGAAUUGAUAGUUACUUUGCUCAGUGGAAAAGAGUUGCUGACAUAAAUGGACCAUUUGAAAAUAAGGAAAAGCAGUCAAGUGCCCUCCAAGAAAUUAUGAAUCCUUCAGAUUUCCAUGCGUCAUUGGGCGUUGAACAGCUACUACAGAACAGAGAUGACAGCGAGCAAACAAUCGAAAUAUUCAAGGAAACAAUGAUUUCACCUGAUACUAUGAAGCUGCAGCUUUAUUUCACGGGAGAUAAUGACAUCAUCAAUGGUGUUGUAGCUGCCAGCUUGAAGAACAAUGGUGAUCUUUAUGUUGUCACUUCGAUUUUUGACUAAUCCACAACAAAACUAAUUCACAAAAAUCAUUUUCAGAUUAUCGUUUUUUCUCACCACAUGAUGCAUCAUUUCGAUAAAACUGUGAGACAUUCCUAUGCCUUAAA